ACCAGAUCAAAGUUGAUAAUUAUCUUGACAGUCUUUCCUCUUCUUCAAUCUCUGCCUCCUCAACAAGUUCUCUCUCCUCUUCAUCAACUUAGUUCCUUACCUUGUUAAAUAAUACUUGAUAACCCAACAGAUUCAUAACAACAACUUUCACAUCGCGUCUGAACUUACCUGCACCGUCUUCACCACUCUUAUCUCUCAAAAACUUCUAACAAGAUGGAUGAAAAAGAUUCCCUGAAGGAUGCUGUGAACGUCGGAGCUAGCCACGCCUCAAAGUCCGUAGAAGACGAGGAGAAACAAAUCGGUUUCGCGACCUCAAGUCGAACACCUCGUGUGGAUGCUCUUAAUCGUCAACUUAGAAUCGAACGUACCAACAGUAUCUGCCUUGCUACUGCUCCACCUAGAACUUCUCCCGGAACUACUUUUCCUGCUCUUUAUAAGACUAUGAGUAUUCAAGUUGAAAAUGUGGAGAAAUCUAAAGCGACCGAUUCUAAAAUGGAGGGAAAACAAGCAACUGAUUUGGCCAACCUUGAAUUCCAUGCUAUAAGUGUUGAUGAUUUACUAUCAAGAUUAGCAACUUCCACCAUACAUGGUUUAGAUCAAAACCAAGUAACACGUAGAAUGACUCAAUAUGGUCCUAAUGUGAUCUCACCUCCUCCCAAAAAUUUGGCGAAGAAGAUUUUCUUUUAUAUCUUUGGUGGUUUUGGUUCACUUUUAUUUGUUGCAAGUUUAAUUUGUUUUUUGGCUUGGAAACCGAUUGGAGAACCUGAUCCGCAAUCUGCCAAUUUAGUACUAGCCAUCGUUCUCUUACUCGUGAUCGUGAUCCAAGCAAUCUUCAAUGCUUGGCAAGACAAUGUGACAUCCCGAGUCAUGGCAUCUAUUUCAAACUUAGUAGGAGCCGAAGCUCUUGUACUAAGAGAUGGAAAACUAGCUACUGUUGCUGCUUCUGAAUUGGUUCCAGGUGAUUUGAUUAAGGUUACUUUGGGAUGCAAACUUCCAGCGGAUCUUAGAUUGAUUGAGAUCUCUAGUGAUUUGAAAUUCGAUCGAUCCAUUCUCACUGGUGAAUCUGAUGCUAUUGCUGCUACUAUUGAUUCCACCGAUUGCAAUUUCCUCGAAACACGGAAUGUUGCUCUACAAGGUACUUUAUGUACAAGUGGAAGUGGAAUGGGUAUUGUUGUUCAGACUGGUGAUAAUACUGUCUUUGGUCGGAUUGCUAAAUUGAGUAGUCAAUCUUCUGGUCGAAGAACCACUUUGGAAGCAGAGAUUUUACGUUUUGUCACCAUUAUCGCUAGUUUGGCAAUAGUAGUUGCUUCCUUCAUCAUUAUCCUAUGGGCUGCAUGGUUAAGAGUAAAACACCCGAAUUUCAUUUCUGUCAGUGGGCUUCUGAUUAACGUCGUCAGUGUCAUGGUGGCAUUCAUCCCCGAGGGUCUACCGGUUUGUGUCACCUUGUCCUUGACAGUAAUUGCCAACGCUAUGAGAAAAAAGAAGGUCCUUUGUAAAUCGCUCGCCACUGUCGAAACGCUCGGUGCUGUCGAUGUGCUUCUGAGUGACAAGACUGGAACAUUGACUACAGGAAAGAUGACAGUGACCAAUCUUGCAUUCGGAACCACGUAUAUGUCGGCUAGCGUAGCCAAAGAAGCCAUCCGCUCAGAUGACAAGAUCAAGGGAGAUGACUCCAAUUCUUCACAUGCUCUUAAAGAUUUAGCUUGUCUUAGAGAUUUGGCAGCUAUCGCGGCUAUCUGUAAUGAUGCGAUGUUUGAGGAUGAAGAGCCAGUCAAUCAGAUGGACAUCGAGACCACUAAAGUGAAUGGAGAUGCAACCGAUUCUGGACUUUUGAAAUUCUCUCAGUCUAUCCAAUCCGUCUCUAAAUCAAGAGAAAGCUGGAAGGAAAUCUCCAAGAUUGCCUUCAACUCAAAGAACAAAUUUGCUAUGAAACUCAUGAAAGCGGAAGCCAGAGAUUCUUAUCCUGGUGGAGUUAUAACCUCGGUUGCAUCGUGUGCAAAUUCUAUGGUGAUCUUUGUCAAAGGGGCACCCGAUGUUUUGCUUCCAAAAUGCUCUUCACUUGUCGAUUCUGACGGGAUUGAAGUAGAGCUAACUGAACAUCUUACCCGCAGCUUGAUCAAAGCUCAAGAGCGAUUUGCUUCACAGGGAGAAAGGGUCCUUCUCCUUUCUCGAAAAGUCAUCCCACUUGACUCUCUGGACAUGGAUUUGAUCAAUGACGCAGGAUAUCUCAGUGGCUUGGUUUCUGACUUGACUAUCGUUGGAUUAUUGGCUUUGACUGAUCCUCCGAAACAUGACACAGCUGAGACGGUGAGAAUAUGUCGUCGAGCAGGAAUGCGCUUCUUCAUCGUCACCGGAGACUUUGCCCUUACUGCUGCUGCUAUUGGAAAGAAAGUGGGUGUUAUCACGACGGACAAUCCUCAUUUCUUAGUAGACCUUCCAAGAAAUCAAGACCUAGAUACCAUUCCUAGUUACUCGGCAGAAGAUCCUGAAGGAAAUAUGCCACAUGCAGUAGUCUUGACUGGAUCUGAUUUGUUUCAAAUGACCGAUUCUCAAUGGAAACAAACAUUAUGCUAUCGUGAGAUCGUUUUCGCUCGAACUAGUCCCCAGCAGAAGUUACAGAUCACUAAACGAUUCCAGGACGCUGGUCAUACUGUUGCGGUCACUGGUGAUGGAGUGAAUGAUGCCCCUGCACUUAAGGCUGCUGAUAUUGGAAUUGCUAUGGGUGGUGGAAGUGAAGUAGCUAUGGAGGCCGCAGAUCUUGUACUUUUAGAAGACUUCAGUGCUAUAGUCACAGCCAUCGAGUACGGACGUAUGUGUUUCGAAAACUUGAAGAAAGUUUGUCUCUAUCUACUCCCGGCUGGAAGUUUCAGUGAACUCAUGCCCAUCCUCCUCAAUGUGUUAUUCGGACUUCCACAAGCACUAAGCUCUUUCCAGAUGAUUAUCAUUUGCGUCGGAACCGAUGUAUUACCUGCAUUAUCUUUAAUUUACGAAAAACCUGAAUCUGAUCUCCUCUUGAGAAAGCCCAGAGAUCGCAAGAAAGAAAGAUUGGUGAACUGGCAACUUUUGUUCCAUGCUUAUUUCUUCAUCGGUCUUUUAGAAACUCUUUGCGCAAUGGCUACAGCAUUUUACUUCGGGUUUGUGAGACAUGGUAUACCGUUCUCUGCUAUCUGGCUAUCAUACGGUGAAGUCAAAGGGGUAUCUACAGACCGAUUGAACGAGGCAACUUAUAGGUGCCAAAGUAUUUACUUUUUCUGCUUAGUAUUCAUGCAAUGGGGAAAUUUACUCGCCACAAGAACUAGACGUCUUUCUAUCUUCCACCAAUCGCCAAUUUUCAAGAAAGCAACCAACAAUUACUACCUUUUCCCAGCAAUGAUAUUUGCACUACUCGUUACCAUUUUCUUCUCAUAUGUGUCAUGGUUCCAGAAGGUAAUGUUCACUCGGGGCGUAGCGUUCGAGAAUUAUCUCAUGCCCUUGGCAUUUGCAGUUGGAAUUCUCAUGUGCGAUGAAGUUCGAAAAUACUUUGUUAGAAGAUACCCUCGUGGUCCUAUUGCCAAGAUGGCUUGGUGAUCAUGUACUUUUUCCAAACUCUAAAGCUAUACCGAAGUGGCUCAACGCUUGAUACCUUUUGAUCAUUCAUUUAACAUGAGUAAGGACAUUAUGGACAUUAUGAUUUCAUUUGACUUGGUUUGUAAGAAGAGUUGUUUUAAUUUGUUGGGAUUCAAAUUGCAGUUUAACAUUUGAUAUUUUUGCUAGCAGUAAGUGUUGGAAACAUAAGUGAAUUUUCUUGUCUAUGUGUUUCUAUUAGUCUUCUGUUAUAUCUUUUGAAUCUUUCUUUCUAGACUCUAACCUAUAUAUAAAACUUUCAUACAUUUUAAGGCAUUGGUUUGAAGUUUUUUUGUAUAAAAUUUUGUAGUUAAAGCUUGUUAAAUUUGCUGUCUCAAUUUGGUGUGGUAUAGGAAUUUCAGCUUUUUGGACUUUUUACCAUAGAACCAUGGAUUUAUCUUCUCUGUCCACUCCUUACUCAACAGUGUCUCAGGAGAGGCGAGCUUUUCAUUCAAGACCCAUUGUUUUUGCUUAGUAUUCAUUUCACAUAACAUGUAUAUAGCUGUAGUGUACAGAUCAUACUUACUUGGUUUGUCCUAGUCAAACCUAAAGUAUCUGUUUUAUGAACACUUU